CGGUCCGUUGUGGUAAAGAAGGAGCUAAGCCGCAAGGCGAAGCUCUCGAUUUACCGGCCGAUCUACGUUCCUACCCUCACCUAUGUGAGCUGUGGGUCGUGCCUGAAAGAACAAGAUCCCGGAUACAAGCGGCCGAAAUUAGUUUCCUCCACAGGGUAUCCGGCUCUCCCUUAGAGCCGCUGCUCCUUCACACCGAGAGGAGCCAGAUGAGGAGGCUGGGGCAUCUGAUUCAGACGCCUCCCUGGUGAGGUGUUCCAGGCACGUCCCACCGGGAGGAGACCCAGGGGACGACCCGGGACACUCCCGGCUGGCCUGGGAACGCCUCGGGAUCCCCUCGCAAGAGCUGUAGGAAGUGGCUGGGGAGAGGGAAGUCUGGGCGUCCCUGCUAAAGCUACUGGCCCUGCGACCCGACCUUGGAUGAGCAGAAGAAAAUGGAUGGAUGGAUGGAUGGAUGGGUGGAUGUUUCGCAAAGUAUUUUUUUUUAACUCAAUCAAUGUGUAAGAGAAAUAUAUAUAAAAUGUUUUUAACAACAUUCCAGUUUUUUUGUACAGAAUUCUUUGGCAAGCCACAAUAUAAAAAACCUUUUCAGAGACAAGAGUGUCUUUAUUUCUGUGUGUCGAAAAUCCAUGGAGACCAGCCACAGUGGUCCCCCUUUUCAUGCGUUUAACAGUAUCUGGAUUUUACAGGAAUGCAAUUGUAUGUGUGUGUGUGUGUGUGUCAUCUCUGCAUCUCAUUCAUACUGUGUCUCCCUGCAAGCUGAGUCUUUGUGUAGAGCACAAAACCGAUUUAACAGCCUCCGUGUUGGUGACUCUCUGGACUCUGAACAACGGGGGGAAAACAAACUUUGUAUCAGAAGGAGAAAUGUUUGUCACCGUCCUGUUUGGAGGUUUGAAAUAUUCAUAUUGCACUUACUUUUGCCGACUGUAUUUAGUUGUGCGAGUGUUUUAUUUGAUAUACUGUACAUGUUUUAAAUAAUGCUUGAACCACAUGAUCUCACAUCAUUAAUGUGUGUGUCAAUUAUACUUUUUAUACUGACUUUUCUUGACAGAAAGCAGAACGGAAAUGUUUAACAUCAACUGCAAACUGAUACACUUUGUCCACAAUUUAAAGGAGCGUUGUGGUGUGGACUUGAAAGACUGUGUGGACCUAAUGAACUGCAACGGGACAGUAAUGAACUUAGAAACCAAGCAGUUCAGUGUGGAUCUGGCCAGCAGCUUGCUGGCAGAGAGGCAGCACUAUGUCCUCCUACAAGUUUGUCGAAGCGAUAACAAUGGAGGCCAGAAGUAUAUUUCCCUCGUACACAAUGUCAGCCAGAGACAUCCAGAAUUAAAAGAGCUCCUGAGGAAAGUGUGCAACCCUGGCCAAGAGCGAGACGAGAAGGUCAGAGGGCGCAUACGCAGGAAGGGUCUGGCCCGCCACGGCUGGAGCCAAAAUGUCUGUCAACCAUGAGCAGUGCCCUCCAUCCAUCCGCUCAUUUGAACCUCUUAAUCUGUUGAGGGUCAUAGGCUGAGGCCGGCCGGGUACGCCCCUCCUGAUUUCCGUUCAAUCGCAGGGCACAUACAGACAAGCAACCACUCGCACCUGUGCUCUUAUUGCGGCUCCCUGCUCAGGUCAGCUAUUCAUUGUCAAAGGGAAGAGUAAAUACCACGUAAGAAAUACGUACAACAAGUUAAAACACUAUAUUGGCAUAUCAAUAAAUUACAUGUGAGAGAGUGAAGUCGAUCAGUUUAUACCACAGUACCUUUAAAUCAUUGCACACUAAUCUGUGAUAUUCAUCAUCCAUUUUCCGACUUUGGGUGACAAAAAAGAUGGCAGACAUUUCAUAGCCAU